AUAUUUUUAAAUAUUUAUCUUUGUUAAUUUUUUGGUUGUGUGUUUUAAUUUUUGAGUGUGUAGUUAGUUAGUUAGUAUUAGUAUUCUAGUUAGGUGAGCAUAGUUAGUAUUUCUGGUAGAGGUAAGUUAGCAUCCUUAGUGUUUCGGUAGAGUAGUCAGCGCGGGGAGCAUUUAGUUAGUUUCGGGGAUCCUUUUCAGGUACUACUAGCUCUAGGCUAGUAGUGCACUUGUUAAUCCGGCAGCGGAGCUAGUGCCGAGGGCUCUAGACAGCCAGGGCCUGCGAGCAUAGGAGCGGGUCCGCCCUCACUGCCCCGAUGCGCCCGUCUGCCCAGGCAAUGGCCCUGAGACAGUUUGUGGUGCUCCGCACGCUGGGGGAGGGCGGUUACGGCAAGGUCAAGCUGGCGCUGCAUCUGCCGACGGGCACGGAGGUGGCCAUAAAGAUCGUGCCCAAGGGCGGCAACCGCGACAAGUUCCUGGCCCGCGAGGUGGCCUGCAUGAAAGUCCUUCGGCACCCGAACGUUCUCCAGCUCUUCCAGGUGGUGGACACCGAGGACGAGGUGCUGCUGGUCCUGGAGCGCACGCAGGAGGGUGACCUGGAGACUACCUGUGCAGGUGCGGGCGCGCCGCCUCUUCAAGCAGAUCCUCGCAGCGCUCAGCCACUGCCACGCCCGGGGCGUGGCACACCGGGACCUGAAGCCGGAGAACCUGCUCCUGGACCGGCACCGAAACAUAAAACUCGCAGACUUCGGGCUCAGUGCCCAGUUCUCCGGGGCGUCGCUGCUCAAGACCCCCUGCGGCACCCCGGAGUUCGUGGCCCCCGAGCUCUUCCGUCGGCAGGCGUACAGUGGCCCCGUGGCGGACGUCUGGAGCCUGGGGGUGGUCCUCUACGACAUGGUCACCGGGGAGCUGCCCUUCGAGGGCAACACCUUCGGGGAGCUGCGGGCCAGGGUGCUGAGCGGCAUCUACCACGAGCCGCACUACCUCUCCCAGCAGUGCCGGGACCUACUGAAGAAGAUGAUGACGCUCGACCCCCAGAGCCGCAGCACCCUGGACAGCAUCAUCAAGCACCCCUGGGUGGGGCUGCCCAACGGACUCCCGCCCUGCCGCAAGCCGUCCCUGGGCCAGCACGAGGCCGCAACGGAAACCAUGGUCUGCCUUGGGAUCCGGAAAGAAGACAUCGACAGGGCACUUUUGGAGGCCAGGGAGCCACCCAGUGGCCAUGGUGAAAGGAGCACACCAGUGGAGGCCGAGGCCCUGGAGAGAGCACUCCAGCCAGAGGGGCCAGGAGCAGCAUGAGAACAUAGGUGUGGAGCACAGAUGUCCGCAAGCACAGCAGUCCCAAGAGCAGGUGAA